AAUAUAUUAUAUCCUGUGCAACUGAGUGUAUGUGACAUAUUUUAAAUUGUGCAAGUGAUCAUUUAUUUGCCAGUUAUAAUGUCAGAAUCAAGUAGUGAUACCAGUAUUUACAAAGAAGAAAGUGAAACCGUGAUUCCUGCAAAAAGAAUUAAAGGUAUUUUCCACACCAAAGGGUAUAAAAGAAACAAUCAGAAAUUCUAAGGUUGCUGGGAAGCAACAUACAAACUGGAGAGGAAAUAUCGUUCAAAGCAGAAAAACAGGUGACGCAUGCUGCAUGCAGGUAUGCUUUACAUUUUAGUUAAUAAUGGGUAUUUGAUUACUAAAGUAGUAUUUAUAUUUCAGCUGUAAAAAGAAAUGUUUUUCAAGUCUAACUCCAGAAUAUCUUCAAUAUCGUUAAUGUCAUUUCAACAAUUUCACGAACAAAAACGAGCAAGACAUUUACUUACAAGGAUUGAUUACAGUUGCGAAUAUACAAAGAAAGCGAAGUAGAAAGAAUGUGGCCAAUAAACAAAAAUCUUGCUCCUUUAAAUAACUUUUGUUUGUGAACAAUACAAGGCAAGAAGUUUGUAAAAAAGCUUUCAUAGCAGUCCAUGGCAUUACGAAUGGACGGGUGUAUCGCAUAUGUAAACUGUAUAGUGCUGAAUUAAUCGUUCACACCUGCCGCAUAUUCCUGUGCAAGACAUAUUUUACUACCGUCAGCUCUGGGUCUAUACUUUUAGCCAUAAUAUUAACACUAACAACGCAUAAAGGCAAAGCCAAAAAGUCUCCCAAUGAAGUCUGCACAUUUCUGCAAGACUAUAUUAAAAAUAACAUUUCCGACGAAGUAAAAGAACUUUACCUAUUCAGCGACAACUGCAGUGGUCAGAACAAGAAUCAUACACUGAUAAGAUUCAUAUCAGCACUUUCUGAUUUUGGUAUAUUCAGUAAAAUAGUUUUUUUCUUUACCAAUACGAGGUCACUCCUUCCUACCCUGCGACCGCGAUUUCGGGCAAAUAAAGCGGAUUAUACGCAGAGCUGACCGCGUUUAUUUUCCAGAGGAAUAUGCUCUAAUGAUGAAAAAAUCAAAUAAGCAAGAUAAAUUUGAAAUUCAAAUGGUAGAAACAAGGGAUUUAAAGGAUUUUAAAACAUGGUGUCCAGGAAAUUGGAAAUAAAUGGUAACAUCGGUUGAAAGUGCAAACUCAAAAGGAAGAGAUAAACAAAGUUUUAAUAUAUCAAAAUAUAAUCAAUUUGAAUUUAAAACUGAAAUGCAAGGUUCUAUAAUAACAAGAGAUUUUAUUGAUGGAAUAACAGUGCACACAUUUCGAUUACGACUGAGCAAAACACCAGUUCCCUUACCAUCUAAAUUUGCCUAUAAUAGUAAAAUUCCAAUAAAUAAGAAGAAACUGAAGGAUAUCCAGAGCGUUUUCCAGUAUAUUGAUGAAGAGCAUGAUGAAUUUUACCAGGAUAUCUUACAGUGGCCUACGAAAGAAAAAGAGGAAGACAGUGAAGUAGAAACAGAAAACGUUUAAAAAAUGUUACAAGAUUAUUAUUGAAUUUGUUUUAUUUUUAUUUUUGCAUUAGAAAUAAGUUAUCUUUAAAACGGUUUAUUUACAUAUUUUAUAAAUUUUAUUUGCAAUCAAUGCCGAACUAUAUAUGUCCACAACCUGUGUGAUUUUUUCUCUCUAAGAAUUCAAAACUAUGAAUACUUCAAAUCAUGUCUUUGUAUCUACAAAAUAGUUUACUUUCAUAUCUCAAACAUUUUUAAAUAUCCAUUAAAGCAACGCUAAGUUAUUCAGUUUUUCUUAUUUAUCUCAAAACUAGGUAGGUGGGACAUAUUCAGUUUCUGCAUUGACUUAAUAAUUAUUCAAUUAUAAGCUAAGGUUGGCUGAACCGUAAACGUUUAUUAAACUGUGAACCGUAACCGCUGCAGUGAACACGUAAAGAGAAACUAACAAACUAAUUUAUACAAGGUAGAGUUGGGUACCGGUCAGUUAUCGCUAUUUACCUUAGCUUAUAAUUAGUAUAAAUAUGGUAGAUUUAGCAGUUAGAUUUAGUUACACUUCGCUUCUGAAGAUGCCAACAUCGUUAGCAAUAAGUGCUUUAAGCGGUGUUGGUGAAUAUUUUAAAUAUUUGUUUAACAUAUCACCAAAUUUGUCCUUUUUCAAGUAACUUCGUUAUUAUUGAAGCAACAAAGUUGAUGAAAUUAACAAAGUAGUGGCAUUUUUCUUUUGAAUAAAAUGGUAAAAACAGAAAAACAAUUAAACGUCCUGUGUCCAAAGUAUUCACUAAAAUAUAUAUUUUUUAAAUGGGACACGCUGUAUAUUUUUACAUAUUUGGAAAGACAAUUAAUAAGCACUUGAACUUUCUGAGUGUAUUUAAAAUAAAGUAAAAAUUUGGUUAUUUAAACAAGUAUCAGAAAGUCCAAUGCUUAUUAUUUGUUUAUUUUUAAGUUUAGUUUAGGUGUGCAAUAACAAUUUUUUGUUCCAAAUUAAAUUCUUUCAAAAUAUGUAAAUAUUAAAAAUAAAUGAAAUAUUUCGAAAACCCCACGUUCAAUUGUUUUUCUGUUUUCACUAUUUUUAUCAGAAAAAAAAAUGUCACUAAUUGCUAAUUUAACCGACUUGUAGCUCCC